GAGCCAUGGUGGCGGCAGUGGCUGCAGCGUGCCUGCUCCUGUGGGCCGCGGCCUGCGCUCAGCGGGAGCAGGACUUCUACGACUUCAAGGCGGUGAACAUCCGGGGCAAGCUGGUGUCGCUGGAGAAGUACCGCGGCUCGGUGUCCCUGGUCGUGAAUGUGGCUAGCCAGUGCGGCUUCACAGACCAGCACUACCGAGCCCUGCAGCAGCUGCAGCGGGACCUGGGUCCCCACCACUUCAAUGUGCUUGCCUUCCCCUGCAACCAGUUUGGUCAACAGGAGCCUGACAGCAACAAGGAGAUUGAGAGCUUUGCCCGCCGCACCUACAGUGUCUCUUUCCCCAUGUUUAGCAAGGUCGCAGUCACCGGCACUGGUGCCCACCCUGCAUUCAAGUACCUGACUGAGACUUCUGGGAAGGAGCCCACCUGGAACUUCUGGAAGUACCUAGUGGCCCCAGAUGGAAAAGUGGUCGGGGCCUGGGAUCCGACUGUGUCAGUGGAGGAGAUCAGGCCCCAGAUCACAGCCCUUGUGAGGAAGCUCAUCCUGCGAAAGAGAGAAGACUUAUAACCACGUUCCCUCUUCUCCCACUUCCCCCUCCCACCCGUCUCUGCGUGGGUGACCAACGCAGACUCCGAUGGUGCUUCCAAAGGAGAGACUCACUGACUGUCCUUCCUUCACUCUUAUUCGACCUAUCCCCUCACUCCCGUGGGGGAAAAAACUCUAGUAUUUUGAUUAUUUGAAUCUUAGAGCAAUCAAUAAGAAUUCCUAGCCAAUGAGAGCUGUUGACCAAAGAAUCACCAGCCAUUUAAGAACCUCUAGCCAAUGAAAAUGUGUGACAAAUAAAAGUGUAACAAACAAUAACCCAAUAAGACCACUGUAAAAUGCAGCUAGUUCCCACCUCACAGGGCUGUUGUGAGGAUUAGUAUGAAAUACCUGUGAAAGUGCCUAGGGCAGUACCAGCUAA